AUGGAUCACCUCAAAGAAGAUUUCGAUCCAACUACAUUCACCGUAGCGCAAUUGAGAAAAGUAUUGAACUUACAUGCUAUUCAGUACGAUAGCUCUGCUCCAAAAUCAACUUUGAUUGAAAUCUUCAACAAGGAGAUUGCCCCUAAUUCUAAGAAGCUACUUUCAGAAUAUAAUGCAAAAGUUGAAAAUAUGAAUGAUGAUGGUUUUGUAAACGCCAGUGACGUUGAGAAACCUAGUGAGAAAUCAACAACUUCUGAAAAGGCAUCUACUUUGUUUGUCAGUGAUACUGAAUCAGAUGAUUCUAAUGAAAAAAUUAAUGUGUCUAAAUCCAGAAACAAAACCAAGAAGAUUUCUAAACCCAAAUCAAGAGCAAGUUCUGGAACUCGGAAUUCUACUUCUAGGUCAACUUCAAGAACAAAAAGCCCAGAAUCAGAGUCUGACACAGAAAGUAAAGAUGAUGAAGCAAAGCCUGCUUCUAGGUCGUCAUCAAGAUUAUCAUCUAGAAGCAAUCGAUCUAAGCCAUUGAAUAGUUUAUUCGAUCUUGAUGAUUCGGUACUUAAUAUUAGAAAAUCGUCUAAGAAUACCAAAGCAAAACUGAGAAAUACACUGAAACUGAAGACGAAAAAGACAAUCGAAUCCACGCCUGAAGUUACUGAAAGCAGUGAUAUCGAAAAGGAGAAAGUUGAGCAACAAGCCAAGAAGGAAACUGAGAAAGUUGAACAACCAGCUAAGAAGGAAAUUCACAAAGAGAGUACACCUGAAAACACCAAUUUCAGCAAGGAAAACGUUUUUCAAUCACCUCCUGGUUCGUCAACAAAAAAGAGAAAGCAUCAAGAUGCUGAAGAAGGCGACGAUAGCACUCUUGUUAAAAAGAUUAAGCCUUCUCAACGUACUGCAGAAGAAAAUAGAUCAUUGUUUGAAGACGACAAUGAUAGUGACGUUGAAUUCAUUGAAGAGUUUAUCCGUACCGAGACGAAAAAGAAAGCACCAGUUGCAAGAUCUGGUAGUACCCAAACUCGGGCUCCUUCAUCAUCAUCGAAAAAAGAACACAAAAAGAAGGAAACUUCGUUAAUUUCACCUGGAUCUGCUUCCAAAAUCAAGAAACCUAAAUCACUGUCUAAAAGAGUCACGCCAAAGAAAUCUGGGGACCGGUCAGUAUCGUCUCCAACGACCAAUGAAAAAUCCUUUAAAUCUAUUGAAGACGAAACCAAAGAUUUUGAUGCAGAAUUGAAGAAAAUCCAAAGCAAGAAAAAUCAAUCACAAGCCAGUCCUGAUUUGGCAAAACUGUUGGGUAUUACAAUCCAAGGUUUUGAGCCUCCUGUUGUUACACCAUCUAAGGCUAAAGACUUAACACCUGCUAAAGAUGAAUCAACACCAGUUACUAAUAUUGAAAAACAACUGAUUGGAAAUAACCGUACAUCAAGAAAAGAGACCCCCAAGAAUUUGAACAGAUCAAAUGAAAAAACAAAGAAAACUUAUACCAAAAUACAAACAGCAAGAAAACGUUCUUCCAAUACUCUGACUCCGUCUGCUAAAAUCAAAUCAACAAAAAAGUUAUCUCCAUUAGUUACUAAAUCUGCAUUGACACCGAAGCCAAGAUUGAUUUCAUUGGGAUCACAAAAAUAUGAGACAGAUGAUGAGUCAGACGAAGAAGAUAUUUCUGAACUCACAAAGCCAGUGAGUCCUACCAAGAAUGAUUCAGCUAACGCCUCGACCAAACAUUUUGCAUUGCCAUUUUCAAUAAGAAGAUUGUUGUUAUCAAUGUUCUUGUGGGUGCUAAUCUGUAGUGGUGGUCUUUUUGGAUUAUGGUACUAUGAACAAAAAUAUGCUGUCGGAUACUGUGGACAAGAAAUUGAUCUGCCAACAUUUGCCAAUUCUGAUAAUGAAUACUUGAACAAACUUGGACAAGUUUUAGAUACUAAUUUUAAACCAGAAUGUAUAAAUUGUCCUUUACAUGCUAGAUGUUAUACCAAUUUGGAGAUUGGAUGUUUCGAAGAUUUUAUGGAGUAUAAGCCAUGGUAUGAUUUCAUUGUACCGGGACAUAAAAAGUGUAUUCCAGACACCAAAAAGGCCGAGAAAUUAGAAAUUAUGAUUGAUGUUGCGUUGGAUUUGUUAAGAAGCAAAAAUGCAGCAAUUCAAUGUGGACAGAACCCCAAUGAUGAAGAAAGUGGAAUUAAAUUAAAUGAUUUGCAUGAUUUGCUAUUGUCAAUGAAAGCACCUUAUAUUACUAUUGAUGAAUUUGAAGAAUUAUGGGAUCGAUCUGUUAUUGAAUUAGAAAAGGAACCAGAUAUUAUAAAGAGACAUUCAAAUGUUGCAACCAAUGAAUUUACAUUUGACUUUGACAACGCUGAAACGGAAAGCAAAGACGAAUACAAAAUUCUUCGAUCAACGUCAUUAUCUAACAUUAGUUUAAAAUGUCAGAUCCGCAAUAGUAUUAUGGGAAGUGUCACAGAACACAAAUACAAAUUAUUGGGUGUUGCAUUAAUUAUUAUAAUUACUAAAAUCAUUCAAUAUAAAUAUAAACAAUAUCAAUUAUAUCUGGUGAAAAUUGAUAUUCUUUAUGAGGAAGUUUUGAAAAAAUUGAAAAUGCAGUCCAAUAUGUCUAAAGAAAAUUCUGAAAUAAAUUCCUAUAUUGGGGCUAGCCAAUUACGAGAUUUGAUCUUGAGUAAUGAAGAUAAUUUGCAUCAACGUAUCACCAUGUGGAAAGAUGUGAGUGUGAAAGUUGAACAUAAUUCUAAUAUUAGUAGCCAAAUUGUAGAAAAUAAUGGUGAAAUCAUGAAAGUUUGGGAAUAUAUAGGUAUAUAA